UUUGAAAAAUAUUAACGUAAUCAACUAACGAAAGCGACAUAAAAAUAUGGAUUUCAGUACAACAGUGAACGCUGAUUAUCAGUGGCCUUUUCCAAAACCUAUAGUUGGCAAACCAUGUGAGCCUCCAAAACCAGACGCCGCACCUCCCAUCAGACCUCCGCCAGUCGCCCCGUACUGUCACUGCGAUGCUCACUCCUAUUCACCACGGGUCGAACAAUAUAAGCAGUUACUUGAAAAGGAGCAGAAGCUUUGCCAGGAUUAUGAACAGUUGAGAAAACAGAUGGUGGAUGUAACCAACGAUAUACUGGAUCACCCAUGCGAUGAUCUCGAUACGAAAAUGACUACAAUGUAUCAGGCUACCUUUAAAAAGAGAUCAUUCCCAGUACAAGACUACGAGAAGAUAAUAGCAGCUUCGCAAUCAACCGCACCAAUUCCCAUGGAAAGCAAUCGUCUUGGCGUACUCCGGUGUUACAAGGAUCCCACGCAUUUCUCUGACCAUCCACCAACAGUUCGACCAACAAUAAACCCUCCAGGGCCCGUGCAUACAGGAGUUACACCAAAGUCCAUACAGACUUGGUUCACAGACUUUCCCGGACGGUCUGAGUACAUGGACACGUACAGUGCGUCUGCUAAGGCGUGUUGGAGAUCGAUGCAAAGAUAUAAGGAGCCCUUGCCAUCGACCAGGCGAAGGGCUGAUGAUACGUGUGUGUGAUUUAAUAAAAUGUGGGAAGAUAA